CGGGCCCGUGGACUGGGCGGCGGGGGAUGCGCCGGCCGCUGCGGCCCCCGGCCCCGCCGCCCCCGGGCCCCGCGCCCGCCCGCUGCUGCCGGUCCCGGCCUCGACCUCAGCUCCGACUCCCACCCGGGGGUCCACGGCCGUGCCGGACUCUCUCCCCUCCAGCCUUGUCUGCCCCUCGAGGCCGAGCCCUACAGGUCAGCACAGGAUCCCAGCCACUGAGCCAUGCUGGGCCCCGGGUGGCCUGCAGCGAGCCCAACCCCUGCACCCAGGUAGUCAUGAACAGCCACAGCCACAAUGGCAGUGUGGGGCGGCCACUGGUCAGCGGGCCAGGUGCCUUGAGCCGUGACCCUCCGGACCCCGAAGGUGGCUGCCCCCCUCGGCCUCCACAUAGUCCAGGACUCCAGGUGGUGGUGGCCAAGAGUGAGCCGGUCCGGUCCUCACCUGGCAGCCCCCGGGGGCAGCCGCAGGACCAAGAUGAUGAGGAAGAUGAGGAGGAAGAUGAGGAGGGUGGGCAGAGGGGCUCAGGAAAGCCCCCGAAUGUGGGCCACCGCCUGGGCCACCGGCGGGCACUCUUUGAGAAGCGGAAGCGCCUCAGCGACUAUGCCCUCAUCUUCGGCAUGUUUGGCAUUGUUGUCAUGGUGACAGAGACAGAGCUAUCCUGGGGGGUGUAUACCAAGGAGUCUCUGUACUCAUUUGCACUCAAAUGCCUCAUCAGCCUCUCCACUGUCAUCCUACUGGGCCUCGUGGUUCUGUACCAUGCCCGGGAGAUCCAGCUGUUCAUGGUGGAUAAUGGGGCAGAUGACUGGCGCAUCGCCAUGACAUGUGAACGCGUCUUCCUCAUCUCGCUGGAGUUGGCUGUGUGCGCCAUCCACCCUGUGCCUGGCCACUACCGCUUCACGUGGACUGCGCGGCUGGCCUUCACGUAUGCACCGUCAGUGGCCGAGGCCGAUGUGGACGUGUUGCUGUCCAUCCCUAUGUUCCUGCGCCUCUAUCUGCUGGGCCGUGUCAUGCUCCUUCACAGCAAGAUCUUCACGGAUGCCUCGAGCCGCAGUAUCGGGGCCCUCAACAAGAUCACCUUCAACACGCGCUUUGUCAUGAAGACGCUCAUGACCAUCUGCCCUGGCACGGUGCUGCUUGUCUUCAGCAUCUCUUCCUGGAUCAUCGCGGCCUGGACCGUGCGUGUCUGUGAAAGGUACCACGACAAGCAGGAAGUGACCAGCAACUUCUUGGGGGCCAUGUGGCUCAUUUCUAUCACCUUCCUCUCCAUCGGCUAUGGUGACAUGGUGCCUCACACCUACUGCGGGAAGGGCGUGUGCCUGCUCACCGGCAUCAUGGGAGCUGGCUGCACAGCACUCGUAGUGGCUGUGGUGGCCCGGAAGCUGGAGCUCACCAAGGCUGAGAAGCACGUGCACAACUUUAUGAUGGACACUCAGCUCACCAAGCGGGUAAAAAAUGCCGCUGCUAACGUUCUCAGGGAGACGUGGCUCAUCUAUAAACACACCAGGCUGGUGAAGAAGCCAGACCAAGCCCGGGUUCGGAAACACCAGCGUAAGUUCCUCCAAGCCAUCCAUCAGCUCCGAAGUGUGAAGAUUGAACAAGGGAAGCUGAAUGACCAGGCUAACACAAUUACUGACCUGGCCAAGACCCAGAGCAUCAUGUAUGAUCUUGUAUCCGAGCUGCAUGCCCAGCACGAGGAGCUCGAGGCCCGCUUGGCUGCCCUGGAAAGCCGCCUGGACGCGCUGGGUGCCUCCCUGCAGGCCCUGCCCAGCCUCAUCGUCCAAGCCAUACGCCCACCCCCACCACCCCUGCCACCCCGGCCCAGCCCUGGCCUCCCAGACCAGGCGACCCAGAGCCCCCCAUGCCGGUGGGCACCCAUGGCCCCCUCGGACUGUGGGUGACGGCCCUGCCCGCCACCAGACCCUAAAUUUUGGCCAUCGUGUGGCCGCCACCUCCGGGAAGCCCUGUACAGUGGUGCCUCUUGGAGUUCAAGAAGCCUAAGCUGAGUUGGGCUGAGUGGACUGGGGCCUGCCCCCCACCCCCAUACUGCCUGGGCAGAGGGCAGGGCUGGACCACAGGUGAGGGCAGGGGAGCCCGGAGCUUCCUUUGGUCACCUGGCACCCCCAACUCUCCCCAGGCCCCCGGUGGGCAUGGUGUAGCUGGGGGAGGGGUCUUGCUCAUUUGGAAUAAAGCAAGACCCACCAAGUG